AUGCGCCGACAACUUUCCCGUGAAGCGUCCAGCAACCGCGAAAUGGCGUGUCCGCCAGUACGCAUCGGCGGAGAGUAUGAAAGCGGCUGGACUACGGACCUAGAGUGUGCUGUCAGGGAUGGGAACUUCGACUGGACGGUUAAGCCAGUCAGCAAGCAAUAUGAAUUCAGGACGCAGACUAAAGUCCCGAAGUUAGGUGUUAUGCUUGUAGGCUGGGGAGGCAAUAACGGUUCCACCUUGACAGCUGGAGUUAUCGCCAAUAGAGAAGGAAUCUCCUGGCUGACUAAGGAUGGCAUUCAAGUUGCCAACUACUUCGGCUCAGUCACCCAGGCGUCAACCUGCCGUGUCGGUUCGUACAAGGGCGAGGAGAUCUACGUUCCCUUUAAGAGCCUCCUCCCAAUGGUUGAUCCGAAUGAUGUUGUUUUCGGCGGCUGGGACAUUUCGAGCAUGAACCUGGCUGACGCCAUGGCCAGGGCGAAGGUUCUGGACAUAGAUCUGCAGAAGCAACUCUACAGCCACAUGAAGGACAUGACACCCCUGCCUGGGAUCUACGACCCAGAUUUCAUUGCCUCGAACCAGGAGGCUCGCGCUAACAAUGUCAUCAAGGGUACGAAGAAGGAGCAGAUGCAGCAGAUCAUUCAGGAUAUCAGGAAAUUCAAGGAGACGAGCGGCGUGGACUCCGUCGUCGUUCUCUGGACGGCCAACACGGAGCGCUACAGCGACGUGCUCACAGGCCUCAAUGACACAAAAGAGAACCUCUUUAACGCGAUCGAGCGCAAUGAGCGCGAGAUUUCCCCGUCUACGCUAUACGCUGCGGCGUGCAUCCACGAGAAGGUUCCGUUCAUCAACGGCAGCCCGCAGAACACGUUCGUUCCGGGGCUGAUCGAGUACGCGCUGGAGAACAACAGCCUGAUUGGCGGAGACGAUUUCAAAUCCGGGCAGACGAAGAUGAAGUCCGUUCUCGUGGACUUCCUCGUCAGCGCGGGAAUUAAGCCCAUGUCGAUAGUGAGCUACAACCACCUGGGCAACAACGAUGGCAUGAACCUGUCGGCGCCGCAGACGUUCCGGUCCAAGGAGAUCUCCAAGAGCAACGUUGUGGACGACAUGGUGGCCUCUAAUUCCAUCAUCUACGAUAAGGGCCAGCACCCCGACCACGUCGUGGUCAUCAAGUACGUGCCGUACGUGGGCGACAGCAAGCGGGCCAUGGACGAGUACACAUCAGAGAUCUUCAUGGGCGGCAGGAACACCAUCGUGAUGCACAACACGUGUGAGGACUCGCUGCUCGCUGCCCCGCUCAUCCUCGACCUCGUGCUGCUGGCCGAGCUCUUCACUCGCAUCCAGCUGCGUCGGGAGGAGGAGGAGGAGUUCCACUCGUUCCAUCCCGUUGCAUCGCUCCUCAGCUACCUCUCCAAGGCGCCCCUGGUCCCCUCUGGCACACCUGUCGUCAAUGCAUUGGCCAAGCAACGAGGGAUGCUUGAGAAUGUUCUCCGCGCGUGUGUAGGCCUUGCACCAGAGAACAACAUGCUUCUAGAAUACAACGUCGACUCGUUACAAGUCGAACCUUCUUAUAUCGGAUCCGCGAGACCGACCAUGGCGGCGUACUUAGCGGCGAGGCUGUUGGCCCGAUCGGCCAAUAGAAACGCCGGCAGCGCGAUUGCGAGCUUCUCCACGUCAGCAGCGGCUCAGAGCUUCAUGCAGAGGGCUCUGCCUGAGUCAGCAGAGGUAGCUGCAGCGUCACCAGCGGCAUCCGUCGCAUCGUCCAUCAUGCGCCGAUGGACCAACGGCGCACGAGCCUUCAGCUCCGCAGCGGGCGGCGAUGUUAUCGGUAUCGAUCUCGGAACAACCAACUCCUGCGUCGCUGUCAUGGAGGGCAAGACCCCCCGUGUGAUAGAGAACGCGGAGGGCGCGCGCACGACGCCGUCCGUCGUUGCGUUCACACCCAAGGGCGAGCGUCUGGUGGGCACUCCGGCCAAGCGGCAGGCUGUGACCAACCCCACCAACACGCUGUUUGGCACCAAGCGGCUGAUCGGGCGGCAGUUUGACGACCCGCAGACGCAGAAGGAGGCAAAGAUGGUGCCGUAUAGCAUCGUGCGCGCGCCGAACGGGGACGCGUGGGUGGAGGCGGGCGGACAGAAAUAUUCGCCCAGUCAGGUUGGCGCAUUCGUGCUGGGAAAGAUGAAGGAAACAGCCGAAGCCUAUCUGGGUCGGCCGGUCUCCAAGGCAGUGAUCACCGUACCAGCUUACUUCAACGACGCGCAGAGGCAGGCGACCAAGGACGCGGGGAAGAUCGCGGGCCUGGACGUGCUGAGGAUCAUCAACGAGCCCACGGCGGCGAGCCUCUCGUAUGGCAUGGACCGCAAGGAGGGUCUGGUGGCGGUUUUUGACUUGGGAGGAGGCACCUUCGAUAUCUCCAUUCUUGAAAUCUCCGGCGGGGUGUUCGAGGUGAAGGCCACCAAUGGAGACACGUUCUUGGGUGGUGAAGACUUCGAUAAUGCCCUGCUCCAACACCUGGUGGACGAGUUCCGCAAGGAGCAGGGCAUCGACCUCACCAAGGACCGCCUGGCUCUGCAGAGGCUGAGGGAGGCGGCGGAGAAGGCCAAAUGCGAGCUGUCGAGCACGAGCCAGACGGACAUCAACAUUCCCUUCAUCACCGCUGAUGCUACAGGAGCGAAGCAUCUGAGCUACACCCUGACUCGGUCCAAGUUUGAGACUCUGGUGAACCCUCUGGUGGAACGCACUCGGCAGCCGUGCAAGGACUGCUUGAGGGACGCGGGCAUAUCGGCCAAAGACAUAACGGAAGUGAUUCUUGUGGGCGGCAUGUCUCGUAUGCCCAAGGUGCAAGAGGUGGUGCAGGAGAUUUUCGGGCGGCAGCCGUCCAAGAACGUGAAUCCGGACGAGUGCGUCGCGAUGGGGGCGGCGAUCCAGGGCGGCGUGCUUCGGGGGGAUGUGAAGGAUAUUCUGCUGCUGGACGUGACGCCGCUGUCGCUGGGCAUUGAGACGCUGGGAGGGGUGUUCACGAGGCUCAUCAACCGCAACACCACCAUUCCCACCAAGAAGAGCCAGGUGUUCUCCACAGCAGCGGACGGCCAGACGCAGGUGGGGAUCAAGGUGCUGCAGGGCGAGAGGGAGAUGGCGGCAGACAACAAGCUGCUGGGGCAGUUCGACCUCGUCGGCAUCCCCCCCGCGCCCAGAGGCAUGCCGCAGAUCGAAGUGACGUUUGACAUUGAUGCCAACGGCAUCGUGCAUGUGGGCGCCAAAGACAAGGCCACCAACAAGGAGCAGGCGAUUACCAUCCAGUCGUCCGGCGGGCUGUCAGACUCAGAUAUCGAUCGCAUGGUGAGGGAGGCGGAGCAGUAUGCAGACAAGGACAAGGAGAGGAAGGCGCUGAUCGAGGCGAGGAACGACGCGGACACCACCAUGUACUCUGUGGAGCGGUCUUUGAAUGAGCACAAGGACAAGCUGCCGAGUGAUGUGGUGGAGGCAGUGCAAGCGGCCAUUGCUGAUCUCAAGGGGUCGCUUGAGAAGGAGAAUCUGGAGGAGAUCCGUGAGAAGAUCUCCGCCGCCCAGCAGGCCUCUCUUAAGAUUGGAGAGGCUAUUUCUAGGCAAGCAGGCGGCGGCAGCAGCUCUCUCUCGUCUGAGCAGAUUCGUUGUCGGAUUGGGAUGGCCUCUAUUGUUGCCUGCUCGGCUGUAGCAUCAUCCAGCCGCAUCUCAUCAGGCCAUGUCGUCUCCUCUCAGGAGAAGUUCGGCGUAUCCGCUUCCCCUGUCCGCAUGACGUCAUCCGCGCAGCUGCGUACCUCCGCGUCCUCUCCCUGCCUGACCGCGCUGUCGCACAGCCAGUCGCAGACCGACCUGGAAGUCGCAAGCAGGAGCGCGUACCUCCCAGCGACGUCGCCCGCGAUUCCCCUUGACCUCGGGGAAGCCAACAGCGGUGAUUUGCCGUUUCCUCGCGAAGGCUAUUCGCUGGCGUUCGUGUACGGCACGCUGAAGAAGGGAUUCGGGAAUCACUGGCUCAUGCAGAAACUUAUGGCCGAUGGCGACGCCGUUAAAGUCGGAACCGCUCAAACGCUACAGAAUUACCCGCUCGUUUGCGGUCCGUUUCAGGUGCCGUUCCUGCUUCAUCUGCCUGGCAGCGGUCACAGGGUUCAGGGUGAAGUGUACGAAGUGAACGCGAAGGCGGUUGCUGCUCUAGAUGUUCUAGAAGGGACGGACCGGGGACACUACAUGCGCUGUCCGUUGAUGCUCUCGGAUCUUGUUAUGAGCGAGAAAUACGCCGCCGGUCUCGGCGACAAAUUCGCCAAUCUGAAGCAGGAGAAUGACGGAGCCGAAGCACCAGUAGCGUUCAUGGCGGAAGCGUAUUUCGCGGGGCUUGCGCACACACCAGGACUCGCCAUGGCCCGUCCUAUUGAGAGCUACGACGCCAAUGCUGCAGCGACGUACGUACCAAGGAAAUUCAGGCCUGAAGGGAAGACGUUUUUGGAGCAUGUGCAUUCGUGGAUUGUUGACAAGCGGUUGCUGGCUGGAGUGAGCACGGAGCAGUACAAGUACCCGCUUUCUGUCAUUUGA